AUGUUUGACUUUUUGGAUAAGCAUACAAUCUUUUGCGAAGUCUCAUUUGCGCUGAAUGACGAAUUGCCCAGGAUCACAAUUGUAAGCUCAAUUUCUUCCCAUCUGCCCAACGAAGAGACGCUAACAAUGACGAUGGAAGUGGAUGAUGCAGGAACGUCGAUGGACACGUCUGAUGCUGGACCGAUUGAAUCGGGCGUUCAAUGGAAGUUUUCGCAAGUCAAGGGGAAUGUCGAUGGAGAAGAUACGCAUACUGAAGCUGACAUCAUUUCUUGUGUCGAGUUUUCGCAUGACGGAGAAUACCUGGCCACUGGAGAUAAAGGAGGACGAGUUGUCAUCUUUCAACGGGAUCAAAGUGGUAAAUAUGUGAAUGGCUGCCGUUCACGGGAAUACAACGUCUACUCGACUUUCCAAUCACAUGAACCUGAAUUUGACUACUUGAAAUCUUUGGAAAUCGAGGAGAAAAUUAAUCAGAUAAAAUGGCUCAAAAAGAAGAAUGCUGCUAAUUUCAUUCUUUCUACAAAUGACAAAACUGUAAAGCUUUGGAAAAUUUCGGAAAGGGAGAAGAAAGUCGCCGAGAACUCUUGGAAUGUGCAUCGACGAGCAAAUCAGCAACAAUUCGUUGGACAACUGACGAUUCCCCAAAUUGUGCCAAUGGAGCUCAUCGUUGAAGCAAGUCCACGACGAGUUUAUGGAAACGCUCACACCUAUCACGUCAACAGCAUCUCGGUCAACUCGGAUGAGGAGACUUUCCUAUCUGCUGAUGAUCUGCGAAUCAACCUAUGGCACUGUGAGAUCACCAAUGAAUCAUUCAAUAUCGUGGACAUCAAGCCUGCUAACAUGGAGGAACUUACUGAGGUCAUUACUGCUGCCGAAUUUCACCCAACAAAGUGCAAUGAAUUUGUUUACUCCUCUUCCAAGGGUUCGAUACGAUUGUGUGAUAUGCGUGAUCGAGCAUUAUGUGACCAACAUGCUAAACUUUUUGAAGAAGCCGAGGAUCCACAAGCUCGAUCGUUCUUUUCCGAAAUCAUUGCCAGCGUCUCGGACGUGAAAUUCAGCAAUGAUGGACGCUAUUUGUUGACCAGAGAUUACUUGACCGUCAAGGUUUGGGAUUUGAAUAUGGAGUCAAGCCCUGUUGAGACCUAUCCCGUGCACGAACAUCUCCGCUCAAAGUUGUGCCAACUCUAUGAGAACGAUUCGAUCUUUGACAAAUUCGAGUGUGGCUGGAGUGGCGAUGACAAGCAUAUCAUCACUGGAUCGUACCACAACCUAUUCCGAACGUUCCCACGAGGCAAUGGAGAGCCGAAAAUGUGGGAAGCUCGACCGGGAGAGCCACAUGUGCCACUAAGAACAAGACGCGUUGUUACGGGUGCUGCUAGACAGAAACGACGAGUUGGAAUAACUGCAACUGAUGAAGAAGAGUUGUCGCCCGAUGCUCUGGACUUCUCGAAGAAGAUUCUCCACGCAACAUGGCAUCCGCGAGAGAACAUCAUCGCCCUUGCAGCAACGAACAACCUUUACAUUUUCUCUGAUGUA